AUGAGUUUAAAAGUACAUCCGACAGGCCACACUACAAUAUCUUCGAAGGAACUUCGCGAAUUACAGAAACUCCAUGAACUGGGGAAAAAGUACUGGCCCGCUGCGGAUAAGAAACGUUACGAGGAAGAAGCAGCUCGACCUGAGCCCCGCCGCAGUAGAUAUCUGUUCCGCCAUCCCUAUUCCAGACUUAUCACUGCUUACCUGGUCGUGUUCUGUAAUUUCCUCAUUUUCGCUGAGGACCCAGUCUCUCACAGUUACCGUGAGUGCGUCAUUGACGUCAUCGGAGAAAUUUACACCUUCAUUUUCAUAAGGUGGCCAAGGGGUUCUUUUUCGUUGAUUAAGUUCAGCUGCUGGAUGUUCGCAGUUGUUCUUGGCAUGUGCAUCGGUAAAUGGAUCGUUCAUGGAUGGUUAUUCUGCAAAAAACUCAAGCUGAAGAUGUUUACUGAGGACGGACAAGGCUCAUGGAUGGUGAUGUUUCUGACUUCGCUUCUGUCGUUGUUCAUCUUUAGCUUCGCCUACAAUGGUUUCUUAAUGCUGGAAGGUAAAUACAUGGAUAAGAUGCACGCGAGUAAUCGGAUGGGGAUGGAGAACCAAACGUUCAUGAAAAUGGCUGCCAUUGGCACAUGGCUCGGUGACUUUAUUACAGCUUGGAUGGUAACAGAUAUGAUGUUACAGGGAGCGCAGUACGCACACUGGGCACCUGGUCUCCGCAGCUUUUGGAAGAAAGGGUUGAACCGAGUUUAUGCCUUUUGGUUUGUGUUUGUUGCCAUGACAAUAGUAGUAAGCACGGCGAUCUCCACAGACUAUGUAAACUGGGAUAGAAUCAACAGAGACUUUGUAGCGUCCAACGAGUUAGCGAGGGCGUUUUUGGCUUCGUUUAUUCUCGUUAUGGAUUUGAUGAUUGUCAUCCAGGACUGGGAGUUUCCUCACUUUGCUGGUUCGCUUGACAUUAAGCUCCCAGGAGUUAACUCAGACGCAUUCGAUGUUCGACUUCCUUCGUGCUGCGGUGGAAAACCGAUUGACAUAUAUAUCACAGGAAAAUGGUUUAACUAUGGUAUCAUCUUUAUCGUCAUGAUUUUGGACCUCAACAUGUGGAAAAACCAGAUCUUUUACGAACCUUUUGCUUACGGCCAAUACACAGAUCCAGAGGGAUACAUCUACACUGUGUCUGACAGUCAAUUUCUCAGGUGGGGGAACAGAUCUCUGCUGUCCUACGAAUAUCGUUGGAAUCAAAUCAACCCCAAAACUAACAAAACCUACGGACUCGAAGAUCUGCGAAUGAACGCAAAAUAUAAAGGAUACUCUUUGACAUUGAAGGGUAUCGCGUUCGUGCCUUCGAUUUUUGCGUUUUGCGUCUUUGGUUAUUUCCUUUAUCUAUUCGGCUUAGAAGAGAAUCCCGAUGAAGUGUUGGUGAGUAGGUAUCGGCAGGAUGUCAGAAGGCAGAGGCAAAUAAGACGGCUGCGAAAGAAAAGCAGAAAGGAAAAGAGAAUGGACAGGGAGGACGUCGGGAAAUACGGAGAUGGAGGUGAUUUGCCCAAUCCAUUUACAACGAAUGGUUCCCAAAGCUUCAAUAGUCUCCCACCCUCUCCCGCCGUACACCGCAGCCGACAAGAAGAAGUUUUAGACAUGAGUCUCUUCGACAAUGAUGUAUCGCUCACUGACAACGGAGAGACUCUCGACCAAUCAGAGGAAGAGAAACCAGUAGUCAAGAAGAACUUCACAUAUUUCUUCCGGCAUCCUUACUCCCGCAUUGCUACCUCAUACUUAGUGGUGUUUUGCAACUUCCUAAUCUUUGCUGAAGAUCCAGUCUCCCAUAGUUACACGGACUGCAUCAUCGACAUUAUUGGCAAUAUGUAUGGGUUUGUAUUUUCAAGGUAUCCCCCUGAUCUGGGAUUCGUCGCUCUCAAAGUCUUCAUGUAUCUGUUCGCCGCAGGACUGGGUCUGUUCGUGGGUAAAUACUUCAUUCACAAAUUCCUCCUUUGUCGUGUUCUCAAGCUGCGCAUGUUCACUGAAGAAGGCCAAGGAUCUUGGAUGGUAAUGUUCCUCACCGUGCUGAUGUUUCUGUUUAUCAUAAGUUUUAUAUACAACGAGUUUUUGCUGCUCGGUGGAGCACACUUUGAACCUUACGUCUGCAGUAAUAACUUGGGAAUUGAGAAUCAGACGUUUAUGAAAAUGGCCGCUAUUGGUACGUGGCUUGGUGACUUCAUCACCGCCUGGAUGGUUACCGACAUGAUGUUACAGGAAGAACAGUACCCAAACUGGAGCCCACUCCUAAGAGCGUUUUGGAGACGCGGUCGUAACAGAGUGUAUGCGUUCUGGUUUAUUGCGUUCGGCAUGAGUGUCGUGGUAGCCACUGCCAUCACUACUGACUUCGUUAACUGGGAUGAAAUAAGCAGAGACUUUAUGCCAACCAAUGAGCUUUCCAGGGCAUUUUUGGCCUCGUUUAUCCUUGUCAUGGACCUCAUGAUUGUUAUGCAGGACUGGGAUUUCCCUUACUUUGACGGAGGUAUGGACAUUAAACUCCCGGGUCUCAACACAGGGAACUUUCAUUUCCAUCUCCCCGGGGGAGAUAUUCAUAUCACAGGGAAAUGGUUCAACUACGGCAUCAUAUUCAUUGUCAUGAUUCUGGAUCUAAAUAUGUGGAAGAACCAGAUCUUUUACGAGCCAUUUGUUUAUGGUCAGUACACUGACGAUGAAGAUUACAUUUAUACCGUUUCCGACAGAGAUUUCUUUGUCAAUGCUACCGUGGAAACACUGAGUUACGCAUGGCGUUGGUCAAACGUUAACCCACUGACAAACGAGACCUACGGUUUGGAGGAUCAAAAAAUGAACUCGAGAUACAUAGGAUAUACCCUUAGCGCAAAAGGUACAGCGUUUGUCCCGUCUCUAUUCGCAUUUGCCAUGUUUGGAAUCCUUGUGAAAUACUUUUCCAAAGGUGGACCUCCGCCGAAAGUGGCGCCUUCUGUCGAAAACGAUACCACGGACGCCGCCGUCGAACAGCACAACAUAAACGAUAAAAUUAGAAAUGAUGCGGAACUCACUUCAUCAAUGCCACAAAUUAGAAAAAGUUGUCAGUCAGUGACAAGUUCCGAAAGCGUGUUUGAUGCCAACAAAACCAAACAUAUUGGCUCCUUCUUGAGCGUCGAUAGCUCACGUAAUGGUCUCAAUGCUCGACGUGAUGACCUCGACAGUUCACGCGAUAACUUGGAGAGUUCACGAGAUUUUCUGGAUAGUUCACGUGAAAACUUGAACAGUUCGGCCGAUUACUUGGGAAGCUCACGUGAUGAUCUUCACAGUACACGUGAUAAUCCCGAAAACUCUCGCGACGACCUCAGAAGCUCUGUUGAAAAUCUCGCAAUUUCACCGAAGGGCGUGGUGCCUGGUACCUCGACUCGACCAGCCUGGUCAUUCGACUCUCCGAAAAAAUCGCCUACAAGCAAGAAGCGAACUGAACGCAGUGGUAGUUCUGACACAGAAAAAACUAUUCAACAUCCUCAGCGCUCUAAUGAGGACCAGGAUGAAGAGAAUAUGGUACAAGACUUUAUACAGCAGCUGUCCUUCUUGAAACUCGAAGAUGAAGACAAUCAGGCUGCUAGUAAAGAGGACGCAUCACCCGACGAAAAUAACCCUGCAGUGGAGAUGAAGGAUGACAGAGCUUUGUCAUUUGGUGACUUGUUUCGACGAGAUCCUCUCAGUCCAUCCAUGUCGCAACUCUCUGCUACUUCGUCUGAUGACGAAGAUGGACAAGUAGGCUCAGACAUGGAAGUCAAAACAAGGAACAAUUUCCUUCAAAUACCACGUAAAAAGUGA